AUGCUAUGCUAUGUUCAGUCAGUUAGUCCGGACUUCGGUCCGAUGCAGGGGACAAGGUCCCAAUCAGUUUCCGGACUUCGGUCCGAUGUAGGGGGCAAGGCCCCAGUUAGUCCGGACUUCGGUCCGAUGCAGGGGACAAGGUCCCAGGCAGUUUCCGGACUUCGGUCCGAUGCAGGGGGCAAGGCCCCAGUUAGUCCGGACUUCGGUCCGAUGCAACGGACAAGGUCCCAGUCAGUUUCCGGACUUCGGUCCGAUGCAGGGGGCAAGGCCCCAGUUAGUUCGGACUUCAGUCCGAUGCAGGGGACAAGGUCCCAGUCAGUUUCCGGACUUCGGUCUGAUGUAGGGGGCAAGGCCCCAGUUAGUCCGGACAUCGGUCCGUUGCAGUGGGCAAGGCCCAGUAUGUGCUUUAUAUGUUAUUGCAUGGUAUGUGUUAGAUUGGGGGAGCUCACUAAGCUUCGUGCUUACGGUUUUCAGUUUCGGUUUUAG